AUGACAAAUGCAGAUUUUCAAACUGAUGUUCAGUACUAUGUUGUCCUGAAAACAAAUUCAGAUCAAUAUGAAGAUGAGGUGCAUAAUGUCAUGGUGGACUUUGGACAACGACUAAUACAUUGUGACUGCAAUAUGUUCAUCAAUAUAGGAAUCUUAUGCUGCCAUGCAUUAAGAGUGAUGGAUGUUAAUAAUUCUAUGGGUUUGGAAACUUUUGUGGUUAUCCCAAACCAUUAUAUCUUGAAAAUAUGGACUAAUGAUACAAAGAAAGAUGUUUGCUUAGAUUUGUCAGUUUCUAAUCAUCAAAGUGAGGGAGAGGAUUAUAAUGUAAGAUACAAAAAUUUGUGUUCGAUGAUGGUAAGUACAGCUGGAACAAUAAUUAAGGAGAAGAAAUCGUAUGAUAAUUUUGUCUCUGAGUUCCACCGAAUUGUGAAAAAUGUUGUCCAAUCAACAAAUAACACCAUCAAUUCUAUUGAUCAAGUGAUUACAGAAGAUGUACUGGAAAAGAGAAAGAGAAUUAGUGAUGCAGUUUCUUCGAAAGGCAGAAAGACUCCAGCCAUGCUUGCAUCUCUUGCGACGAAGAUUUCUCCUCGAAGGGGGCUGAAGGAGGAUAAUCACAAGAGAGGUCGGAGUUUGGAAAGCGGGAUUCGAUCGUUGGAGAAGGAUGAUGAUCUUAUUCUAUUUAACGAGGCACAAAACAAGAAAAUGGAGAGUUUCUUGCUUCAGUAG